GACGGUAUAGUGGGAGACGGUGGUAGGUCAUAAACGUGAAAUCGAUGUAACUCGUUACACCUCGAGAGUGAAGAAUUCGUGUAAAAUGACGAGAGCAUGUGGCGCGAGCAACGUGACCGGUCCUCUACCAAAAUGGCAACUCGCUUUAGCUGUUGCAACGCCGGUCGCCUUAGGUUUUGGUUAUAUGUAUUAUAAGAACAACAGGAAGCCAUCUUCGAAGCCUAGUCGCGGUAAACCAAAGAACAGUUCAAAGGAAAAUGGUGCACCGACCUCUGAUAAGCAAAUUUCAAUCGAUGUUGAUUGUCCACCUACUAAAAUUAUAUCCGAGCCAGAGACUUCGUUGGAAAAAGCUCAGAGAUAUAAAAAUGAAGGAAAUGAUCAUUUCAAAAUGGGAAAAUUUGAUGAAGCAAUAGCACAAUACAAUAUUGCAAUUGAAGUGUGUCCUAAAGAAAAUGAAGAAGCUCUUGCCACUUUUUAUCAGAACAGAGCAGCUGCCUAUGAACAAUUGAAAAAGUAUAGUGCUGUAAAAGCAGAUUGUACAAAAGCCAUAGAAUUGAAACCAAGGUAUGCAAAAGCAUUGCAUCGCAGAGCAAGAGUAUUCGAACUUUGUAAUAAAUUAGAGGCAGCUUUAGAAGAUCUUACUACUGCUCGUAUUUCGAAAAGCUUUUCUGAUGAAUCAACAAUUACAAUGUCAGAUAGGAUUUUGAAUCAAUUAAGUAGACAAAAUGCGAUAGAAUAUUUGGCAAACAAGACGUUAAUCAUGCCUAGUCAAUUUUUCAUUAAAACAUAUAUUGCUGGUUUCCCUAGUGAUCCUGUUUUCUCCAUGCUUAAAGAAACAGAUUAUAGUAAUAUAUCUCCGGGUUUCGCAAAAGUUUUACAGUGUGUAAAAGAAGAAAGGUAUGAUGAUGUAAUACCACUCUGUACUGAAGAAAUCAACAGUUCUGAGCCAGAUACACUGCCAGAUAAAAUGAAAGUAUUACUUUUACGAGCUACAUUUUAUCUUUUAUUAGGGCAUGGUGCUGCUAUUGAAGAUCUUGGAACUAUCAUAGAUAGUGAUACAGCUUCGAAAAGUAUAAAGGCAAAUGCUUUAAUAAAAAGAGCCAGCUUAUUUAUGCAAUCAGAAAAUCCAGAUAAAAGUUUCUGUGAUUUUGAAACAGCUGUGGAACUUGACCCUGACUGCUGCGACAUUUAUCAAUGUAGAGGACAGGUGAAUUUACUUAUGGAUAAAGUAAAUGAAGCCAGAGAAGAUUUCAAGAAAGCUUUUGAACUUAAUCCUUUCUUCAAAGUGGCAUAUGUACAAAAGUGUUAUGCAGAUUAUCGUUAUGGUUUAGCAAAGGGAGAUGAGGAAUUAAUAACAGAGGGCAUUAAAAAUUGUAAAAAGGCCUUUAAAAAAUUUCCAGACUGUCCAGAAUGUUACAUUUUGUAUGCACAGAUUUUAUCAGAGAUGCGUAACUAUGAAAAGGCAGAUAUUUAUUUUGCUAAAGCAUGCGAGAAAGAUCCACAUAACGCCACAGUUUAUGUACAUAGAGGAUUAUUACAACUGCAAGGGUAUGGUGAUGUUGAGAAAGCUAUUGAGUAUAUUAAUAAAGCAUUGGAAAUUGAUGAUAAGUGUGAAUCCGCUUAUGAAACCUUAGGAUUGAUUGAAGUUCAAAGAGGAAAUUUUACGGAAGCAAUAAAACUAUUUGACAAGGCCUUGCCACUAGGUCGCACAGUCGUGGAGCUUACACACAUUUUCAGUUUGCAAAAUGCCGUAAAAAUACAGUACACGGUAAGGGAUAGAUUAGAUUCGGAACAGCUCUAGAAUUUUGAAAGUGUUUCUUAAAUUUUUAUAAAAGUUACACUGACCAGAACUCGAAAAUUCAGAUAAAAUAUACACAUGGUUA